AUGGCGGCGUCAGGGAGCGCUCAGAGCCGACGGUUCGCCGCAGCGUGCGGCGUUCUCAGCCGCUGCAUCAAGGCGGCGGACGCGCGGCCGGCGGCCACGGUGGUCCUCCCCCUCAUGCCCGGAGCGGAAGUGCCCGCGCAAGACGAGCACACGGUGGGUCCUGCGCCGGGGCACGCGCAGAUGACCAUCUUCUACGGCGGGCAGGUGCUGGUGCUGGACGAGGUCCCGGCCGACAGGGCGGCCGAGCUGCUCCGUGCCGCUGCUGUCUCAGGCACACCGCGAGGGAGCUGCGCGGCGGCGGAUGGCGACCUGCCCAUGGCGAGGAAGGCGUCGCUGCAGCGGUUCAUGGAGAAGCGCAAGGGAAGACUCGUCGCGCGCGCCCUUCCCUGCAGCCGGCCCGACGGCGACGUGCCCCCCUGUAACCGUCUCACGCUUACGCUCUUCUGA